GUUAACCAACCCAAAUCGAAGAAGUCACGAGAAAAAAAUAAAAAAAUUGUGUGGUACAUGAGAAAUGGGCCUGAACAUGAUUAUGGACCAAGUCAGGCUCAAACUAGCUGGAAUUUGGCCCGCUGUUCCAUCGACCGUCGCUCUCGCAAGUCGCAACUGAGAUGAACGAAACGUUUGAUUUUGGAGAAGACGCAUCGGGGAAGCGCUACUUUCCGUCUCUCUUACUGCGUUUCCGCAGUCACCAUGGUGACUGUACGAAUGAUAGGUAAGUCUUACUGUAGUUCCAACCAAUGAUUCAAAUUCCGAUAUAUACAAUGAGAACGCCUAACUGACGAUCGCUUCCUUUAAUUCGUUUCUGGAACAGAUAUUGCGGUUAACUUCACAGGUCGGUCAGUCAUUUCAUCAAGCACUUGCUGAGCAUUUCAAGCUGUGAUUUCAUCCUUUGCUCAGUUCAGCAAAUGCGUGAUGUUUGAAUGUUGUGUCAGAUGGCAUGUUCAGAGGAACCUACAAUGGCAAGCAACACCAUGUAGCUGACAUACCUGCUGUCCUGACUCGGGCUUGGAACGCAUCAUUGUUAGUUUCCUUCUGAGACCCGCUUUCAGUAGCUUCUUUCAGCUCGUUAAUUCCUUUAAAGCUUCAUUCUUUGAUUCUGAUGCUGUGAGGUCAUCUGGAAUGAAGAUCUUCGCAUUUGAUUUCAGUUGUUCUGUAUGGUCAUCUCCAAAUAUGUUUGCUAUUGAGUAUCUCUCCGUUGCAAGUAGGAAAAUUUUGCUUCCUACUGUUUCUUCUGUUGGUCUUGUUUCCAGUCACUUUGGAGGGCGUAAAUUAGCUAUAGAUAGAAUGUGAGAUCUACUAAGAUUGGCAUCAUAAAAAGAAAAAAAAAAAUUUGUCUUUUCUGUUAGUUUGAAAUGCAAAAAACUUUCGGGGCAAUAACUUAUUGUCUUCUCUGAGGCGAGCGCUUUCGCACUUUGGUACUUUGUUUUCUGGUUUCAGGUAACUGGUGGGUCUCUGGAGGAGUCGAAGGAAGCUCUUGCAAUUGCAGAGACGGAUGGGAGGCGUUUCUGUACUGUUGGUGUGCACCCUACUAGAUGCAAGGAAUUUGAAGAAAGUGGGGAUCCGGAGAACCAUUUCCAAGCUCUGUUGUCGUUGGCCAAAGAAGGAAUUCGGAAAGGAAAGGUUGUGGCGGUUGGUGAGUGUGGACUGGACUAUGACCGGCUCCACCUUUUCCCUGCUGAGAUUCAAAAGAAGUUAAGUUCUUUUGGAUAAGUCAUUCUAUGCAUUUUGAUGCCUUACCUAACCAUUGUGAUUAGAGAGUGCAUGCAUUGAUAAAUUAGGUAUUUUGAGAAGCAGUUUGAAUUAGCACAUCCCACAAAGCUGCCUAUUUUCCUUCAUAUGCGUGCAGCUGCCGAGGACUUCUGUGAGAUCAUGGAGCGUUACAAGGACAGGUUAGUUACCUAAUACUACUGCUUUGCUUGAAUGGUACUGUGCCACUUAAUUGAGGUGGUUGCUAGCCAUGGCUCCAUUUCCCUUAAAUGCAGAUAAAGCUUGUGCGAACUCCUAAAUUAAUAUAAUUGAACCACUGAUUUCGCUCAAACUAAUAAGAAACAGAGUUUAUCUGGUAAUUGUCUUUGUAUUCUGGGUUUGUGUUACCAAGGUCUGGGUGCAGGUGACAUACUUCGUGUAAUUUUCAGGUUUACUGGUGGUGUAACGCAUUCCUUUACUGGUAGCGCAGAUGAUCGUGAUAAACUUGCAUUCAGAAAUAUGUAUAUAGGUGAAAUACUCUCAUUGGCGGAAUUUUCAAGCUUCCCUUUCCUUUCACUGAUGUCUUUAUUGUACAUUUCCUUGGAUUUAGUUAGCUUCUUGUGAAAGAACUUACUUGUUUUUCUCUGUGUGAGACUCGAAUAAAUGCAACUGCCUUUACUUUUUCUAGCCUUCUAAUUAAGAGUGAUUUCUCAAUUAUUGCUCAUCUAAGAUAAACUGAAAGUGGAAGGAACAGUCAACUUCGUUCCCAUUCCAAACCCACAAAACUUUGAUUGGUAAUUGAGUUUCUCACCAAGCUUUCCGCUGUAAAUGGUUGCUCUCUGAAAACAACUGAGAACCUCGAAGUUGUGAGGGACAUUCCCAUUGACAGAAUGAUGAUAGAGACGACUCUCCCUAUUGCGAAAUAAAGAACACACAUGCCG